AUGGACGUGUGGGGCCUAGCCCGCAUCCGUGGACUGGACCGCGAGCGGUACUUUCUACUGGUUGUCGACGACUACACGCGUUACACCACGGUCUUCCCCUUGCGCAGCAAGGGGGAGGUCCCUGAUGUCUUGAUCCCUUGGAUCCGCGCUGUCUGUCUCCAACUCCGUGAAGAGUUCCGCACGGACCUUCCUGUUCUGCGUCUGCACUCUGACAGAGGUGGUGAGUUCUCCUCCGACCUCUUGCGGGACUUCUGUCAGGGGGAGGGCAUCCUCCAGUCGUUCACGCUUCCGGCCUCCCCGCAGCAGAAUGGGGUUGCUGAGCGCCGCAUUGGCUUAGUCAUUGAAGUUGCUCGUACCUCCAUGAUCCAUGCGGCUGCUCCCCAUUUUUUGUGGCCGUUUGCAGUCCGGUACGCUGCGCAUCAGCUCAACCUCUGGCCCCGUGUCUCCUUGCCGGAGACCUCGCCUACACUGCGUUGGACGGGGAAGGUUGGCGAUGCGUCGGUGUUCCGGGUCUGGGGCGCUCGUGCCUUUGUGCGUGAUACCUCCGCGGACAAGCUCUCCUCCCGCGCCAUUCCCUGUGUCUUCCUUGGCUUCCCCCCUGACACGCCUGGCUGGCAGUUUUACCACCCCACCUCGCGCCGUCCCCCUCCGGUAGACCCCCUUCCCCCUCAUGGUCCUGCUCCUUCAGGUGUGUCUCAGGUAGACCCAACCCCCUUGGUUGAGCCUGUCGAGGUCACUGGUGACUCUGGUGCUGCUAGGGGUGCUGAGCCUGGGGGUGCUGAGCCUGCGGGUGCUGAGCAUGAGCGUGCUGAGCCUGGGGGUGCUGAGCCUGCGGGUGCGGAGCCUGGGGGUGCUGAGCCUGAGCGUGCGGAGCCUGGGGGUGCUGAGCCUGAGCGUGCGGAGCCUGGGGGUGCUGAGCCUGCGGGUGCUGAGCCUGAGCGUGUGGAGCCUGGGGGUGCUGAGCCUGAGCGUGCGAAGCCUGGGGGUGCUGUACCUGCGGGUGUGGAGCCUGGAGCUGACAGUCUUGGAGGUGCUGUAGGUACCAUAGGAGCUGGAGCUGCUAGUCUUGGAAAUGCUCGUACUGGAGGUACUGGAGCUGCCGGAGCUGGUGGUGCUGUCGGUACUGGUGAUGUGCUGGUGGUGCUGGCACUACUAGUCCUAGAGGUGCUCGUACUGGAGGUUCUGGAGGAACUCUCUUGCCGCAACAGCUACGCGAGUGGUACGCUCAGAGCUGCCGUUUUCGUAGUGGCGUUGCUGGGGCUGGAGGCACUGCGGCUGGAGACGCGGGAGCUGGAGGUACUGGAGCGGCCGGAGCUGGUGGUGCUGCGGACUCUGGAGCUGGAGGUACUGGAGCUGGAGGCGCUGGUGCUGGAGGUUCUGGAGCUGCUGGAGGCCCUGGAGCUGCUGCCAGGCUCCCCACUGCCUGCUCCCUCUCCUUACACUGAGCAGACCGACUCGCUUACAGAGCGUCGUGAGCCUGCGUCUCGUCCUGCCUCACCUGUUCACCCUGUUCGCACUGGUCGUCGUGUUCCUCGUCAGCGUCCUCCUCCUGUCCCUGGCACUCACACCAGAACACUUCGUCCUUCCUCUGUUCCACACCGUGUUCCCCUGCUGUCUCCUCCUGCGUCCUCUCUUCCGCACGUUCCGGACCCUGAGUCUGACUUGGUUCGUGCUGCCAGUCCUACUGUUACGCGUCCCUUAGCCACUGUUAUUACUAACCCUUCGUUUGAGUCUGCUGCUGCGUCUGCCUUAGUCGCUGAGCUUGUUGACUUUGCUGCUGCUUGUCGUCUCGACUACGCCGCUAGUCUUGUUGCUGAGUCUCAGUCUGUCUGUCCUCCUUCCGUCGGGGGUGAGUGUGCUAUUGGCAUGGACGUCCUUGACGAUAGGCAAGAGGACUUUGAGUGUCUUGCAGCUGGUGUACCUCCUCUCGUGGCCAUGCUCCUUGCCCCUGAGGGAGACUAG